UAUCUUUACUGACAUUAGCUCACCAGCUAGCAUAGAGUGAGCCUUAAAACAUUUUACAGGUUAAAGCAGAAGCUCUGACUUGGCUUUUUGAACCCAUGAAUAUAAGGGACAGACUUGUAGAUUCACUUGUAAUUGCAUGUCCUGGUUUGUAACGCUGAUUUAACUCACUUACAAACCGCUUAGUCUGUGUUAUUUACAGUUAGCUUAGCCUUAACUGUUAGCUAUGUUUACAGAACUCAACAGUAUCUUGAACAGCACUCCCGACAGCUUCACAAAGAGAGAAUUUAUCUUGGUGUCAGACAGACAGAGUGAUGCCUCUUUCCUCAUCCACCACUUCCUUUCUUUCUACCUACGAGCGCGAUGCAAAGUGUGUUUUCUGGGUCUGGUGCAGUCCUUCAGUCACUACAGUGCAAUCAGUCAAAGAAUGGGUGUAAGUCUAGCACAGGCAAAGGAGAAAGGUCAGCUGAUCUUCCUUGAGGGACUGAAGGAGUCGCUGUCUAUUUUGAUCCCUCAAGAAAGCAACACUGAAAAUCAAGCCAUGGAUUUCCUGAGGGAUCCUACUGUUGGCCUGCGGAGUCUGUACAAGUUUGUCCAGUCCAGUUUGACCAGUUCCAGUAGUGGGGAAGAUGGCACAGAGGAGUGGGGACCGUCUGUGUUGCUGGUGGAUGACAUCAGUGUGCUGUUGAGUCUGGGAGUGAGUGCCAGAGCCGUGUUGGACUUCAGCCACUACUGCAAAGCCAUGGUCUGCUCUCAGCUACAGGGAAACAUGGUGAUGCUGGUGCGCUGCGAUGAGGGGGAUGACGGAGAUGAUGAAGGCUCAGAGCUGCUCCUUAGGGGUCUGACCCACCAGUGUAGCCUCACCCUUCAUGUUCAGGGUCUCCCAACUGGCUACUGCAGGGACAUACAUGGGCAGAUGGAGGUGUGUUGGAGGAGGAGACAAGGUGAUGGACAGCACACACAGAAGAAACUCUUUCAGUAUAAGGUCCACGAUAAGGGAGCUUCCUUCUUCGCUCGAGGGACAUCCAGUGCUGUGCUUUAGUUCCACCUUUCAACAUCCUUUUUUUGGGUCUCUUUUACAUGUUAUUGUAAUAUCGCAAGACCUUGUAAGAUGUCUGAAUCAGCCACAGCCAAGCGUUACAUUUGACUGGUUGGUAGUGUCCACAAAGCCAGUCUGGAUCUCAGAUCUUCUGUAGGAGGAACACUGCCAUUCUGCCAGCUGGUAGCCUGGUUCCAGACCUCUGAAUUGCCACCUGCCUCUGGAACUACAUCCCGAUCAGAGCGACUCAUGCUGUUGUCAGUGUUUGGUGCCUUGCUGUGAACCAGUCAGCAAAAAUGACACUGAUCAUGGAACUACUGGUGUUUGGAGAAUAGCUGCAAUGCAACUGGAUAUUUCUACGAUAAAAAUGCAAUAAAAAAUUAAAUGUU